GUUCAGCCUUAAGGCCACACCAGCUAUCGUCUAAACUAUUCCAUUUUUUCCAACUGCGGAAUAAUUUGUAUUUAGUGCCAUGGCGUCAGCCACUCCGGAUUCAUCCGUUCACGUUCACGACCUCAACUACAGCUUUCCCGACGGCACAGCUGGUCUUACAAACAUCAAUCUUGACCUCCCUCUGGGAAGCCGUACCUUGCUAAUUGGAGCGAAUGGUGCGGGUAAAAGCACUCUCCUCCGUCUCCUCUCAGGAAAACGCCUGGCUCCAGCUAAUACCGUAACUAUCGGUGGUGUCGAUCCUUUUAAGGAGGGGCUUGAAGGCGUCACAUAUCUCGGGGUGGAAUGGGUCCUGAACCCCAUCGUCCGCACAGACAUUGAUGUUCCCACCCUCCUCGCAUCCGUUGGAGGCGACCACUACCCUGAACGUCGCGAUGAAUUGGUCGAGAUUCUCGACGUAGAUCUAUCAUGGCAUAUGCACGCUGUUUCUGACGGUGAGCGGCGCCGUGUUCAGCUCGCCAUGGGUCUACUGCGGCCAUGGAAUCUGCUCCUGCUGGAUGAAAUUACUGUUGAUCUAGAUCUACUCAGUCGGGCAAAUUUCCUGGCAUUUUUGCGAAGAGAGACGGAAAUCCGACCGUGCACUAUCUUGUAUGCCACUCACAUCUUGGAUAACCUUGCAAAUUGGCCCACUCAUCUUGUGCACAUGCAUAUGGGCCAAGUACGAGACUGGGGUGCGAUUGAAAAGUUUUACGCCGGAAAACCAAGAGUGUCUGAGAAUAGUCAACUUGGUGAGUUGGUUCUAGAAUGGCUGAAGAGGGAUUUAAAAGAAAGAGGGCCGCGACCCGGAAGGCCGAGUGAGAGUAAAGUGGAACCAGGAUAUAACAUGGAAAUAUAGGCGGAGUCGGCUGGCAUGUGACGUUCAACCCUUUUUAACCUCUUAACUGGGUUUUCUCAACCCUUAACGGUGAGACGAAUUUCCUUCUCUAGUCAAUUAUCAAAUUUUACAAGGGAUAUACUGUAGUGGAUGAGUGAGUUUCUGCUUCAACGCCAUAG